AUGUUGACUAUUACACUUUUUCUGUUAUUUUCUAUACUAUUGAAUACAAAUUCACAAUUCAUUCCACUACGAUUUGAUUUAGCAAUUGAUCAUUUACGUCAAUAUCAAUAUUUUUCAUCGAGUAAUCUAAUUAAAGAUGUAGAAUACAAUCUUACACCUGAACAAAUGUUAGAAUAUAUGUCUCUGUUAUUAUUAAAUAACAAGACUAGUCGAUGUGAACAAGAUUUUGAAUUAAUUCUUCGAGCAGCAAUAGAAAAAGAUACAUGGGCAAUCAAAGUACUCGAUGCUUGGGGAAAACCAUUACCUUCUGGUAUACUCAAAGGUAACGUUUAUUGGGUGGGCAAUUAUGAUGAAUGUAUACAACCUAUGUAUAAUCCAGCAAAUAAAUCUUUUAUAUCCCAACCAUUCAAUACACAACAUUGUACUUUUAAACCAACAGCAUCUCGAUCCAAUUCAAAUUCAAUGCGUUCGCUUGUUUUUGGUCUUUGUGUUCCAUCAUCAUGUGAUCGACAAUCACUUAUCUCUUUAAUUCAUAUACUUUUCAAAAAAAUUAAUAUUACUCAAGAUAAUCUUGUUUAUUCUAAGGAUCCACCGAAUGGACAAAAAGGUCUUACCAAUGGAGCAAUAACAACUAUUGUUAUUCUCUCACUUUUAGGUUUACUUGUUCUUAUUGGAACAAUCAUUGAUCUUUUCCUUAUGUCAAAACUUGAUUCAAUUGAUAAUCUAACAAUAUAUAAUGCUGCAUAUAAUCAUUUAGUUAAUGAUGGUGAAAUGACUGGUCAAACUGAAUCACGUCGAAUAUUAAGAUAUUUUUCUCUUAAUCGAACAUCACGAAUAGUAUUUCUAGCAGAAUUUUCUGCAUUAAAAUCACUUCGUCGAAUAUUUACACUGGAAGAAAAAACUAGUGAUGAUAAGAAUGAAUCAUUUUUAUUUAUUAAUGGUAUUCGAGUAUUAUCUUUAUUUUGGAUAAUUAUUGCUCAUUCAGUACUUUUUGGUUUAUCUUAUACAAGUAAUGUAACAGAUAUUCUUGUUUCGACACGUAAUAUAGCAUUUCAAUUAAUAUCAAGUGCUCAAUUUAGUGUUGAUACAUUUUUUGUUCUAAGUGGUUUUUUAACUGCAAUUUUAUUUAUUCGUCAAAUGAAAAAAGAAAAAAAUCUAUCAUUUCGUUUAAUGUUUCUUUAUUAUAUUCAUCGAUAUAUUCGAUUAACACCUGGAUUUCUCCUAAUGAUUCUUGUUAGUAUAAAUUUAACACCAUAUUUUGGACGAGGACCAGUUUAUCCAAUUGAACAAGGAUUUGAAUCGAAAGGUAAUAUAGUAAGACCAGAUGAUAUGUGUUUAAAUAUUGCAUGGUAUCUACAUAAUGAUAUGCAAUUUCAUUGGAUUGCACCAUUAACUUUAAUUCCAUUUGCUCUUGAACGAAAGACUUUAUCAUUUCUAAUUGUUACGCUUUUUGUUUUCGUUGGAAUUGGAUCGACUUUAGGUAUUAUUCUUUAUUAUCCGAAUAUGUCACUCAAUGAUCCGACUGCUUUAACUGAUAAUGGUGGUCCUAGUUUCUACAAAAUGGUUUAUAUUAAACCAUGGUGUCGUAUAUCUGCAUAUAGUAUUGGACUUUUAACUGGAUAUAUUGUUAUAAUUACUGGUCGUCAAUAUCGUAUUAAUAGAUACAGUAAAAUUAUUGUAACUAUUCUGAUUAUUGUCAUUGCUUUAGCAUGUCUAUUUACGACUCAUCCUAAUAGCAUUCAUGUACCUGGUCUAAGUCGAUCAGAAAUUGUUGCAUAUAUAUCACUUUCACGAACAUUUUGGUCAAUUGUUAUUGGUUGGCUUUUAUUUGUAUGUAGUACAAAUCAAGGUGGAAUAGUAAAUAAGAUUCUUUCUUGGCCUAUUUGGACUCCAUUAGCUCGACUCAAUUAUUCAUGCUAUUUAGUUCAUUCUAUGAUACUUCAUAUAAUUAUAUUCAAUCAAACUAUGCCUUUCUAUUACCAAGGACAUCUUGUAAUAAAUAAUUUUAUUUCACAUAUAUUUUUUAGUUAUGUUGCGGCUAUUUUAGUUUCGAUUUUUUUUGAAACACCAUUUUUUAUUAUUGAAAAAAAAAUUGUUUAA